AUGCCAAAUGGAAGCCUGGAUAAGAUGAUAUUUGGGAAGCCAAAGAAUGUAUUUGGGUGGCCUCAAAGGCACAGAAUUCUGACGGACGUGGCGGCAGGAUUGCUGUAUCUUCACGAGGAGUGGGAGCAGACGGUGCUUCACAGAGACAUCAAAUCGAGCAAUGUUCUUUUGGAUUCGGAGCUUCGGGGAAAGAUGGGGGAUUUCGGGCUUGCUCGUUUGUACGAGCAUAAUGAAAACCCACAAACUAGCCGUGUUGUAGGAACCAUUGGCUACAUAGCCCCCGAAUUGAUAAACACAGGAAAGGCCACUACCGGUAAUGAUGUAUUCAGCUUCGAUAUCUUUAUGUUGGAGGUUGCCUGCGGAAGGAGACCUGUUGAUCCUGCUCGUGGUGAUUCACAAGAAAUUUUGGUCCAGUGGGUGCGCGAGCUCUAUGCCAACGAUAAAGUGAUCGAUGCAGCUGAUCCCAAUCUUGAUGGUGUGUUUGCUGAAGAGGAGUUGGAGAAGGUGCUUAAGUUAGGACUGCUAUGCUGUAAUACCAAUGCAGAGGCGAGACUAUCCAUUAGACAAGUUGUCCGAAUACUUGAAGGCGAGGAUUCUAUUCCUGAAUUUUUUCCAUUUCCAAUUUCCUUUGGAAUGGAUAAUUGUUUGAAUAAAAGUGAUAGUCUUACAGCUUCUUGUACUUGGCCCUCCAGUUCUUUCUAG